UGUUUCUCCCUUCCUCCUCCCAGAGAUUCAGCACUGGACAGCUCCCUUCUGCUCACCUAGUGGCUGCCUCGUGAUUGACAGCUGAGGCGGCCAUAGAGCGCUCAAGGCAUUCGGAGCUCACCUAUAAGGGCGAGUUGCGGAAGGGAGGGGAGGUAAGAAGGGGUUGGCCAUGUGGGGCAGAGCUGUCUAGUUAACAGGCGAGGAAGGAGGGGGAGUUGAGGCUGAGCUGGGAAAGCCCGGCGCUCCGGCCAGCGGGCAUCUGCCCCCGAAAAACAUCCCCUCCUAGAAGUCCCGCACGGCCCUGCCACUCUCGCUCCAUCCCUCUCCUUCUCGGCUGCCCGGUGCACGAACCGCAGAUCUCUCCUGUCCCCUUAGGGAGCGAUGCCCGGAGACGGCGAGAGCCAGUCUGGAUGCUUCGCGCGGCUGGGUAGCGAAGCGGGAGGACGCGCCGCUUGAUCGAGAAUGGAGCAGCGGCGGCAGCAGCGAGAGGAGGACCGCGAAGCAGGUCUUUAGAAUACCUUCUGAGAGCGUUGUCAGCGGCGGAUGGGGGAUAGAAAGACACAAGCGGGCCAACGGUAGCUUCUCCCUGUAGCCAGGCGCGAUGUAACCUGGUCUCUGAGCCAAGCGCCGCCUGCAUAAUUGCCAGAACUUGCCCCACCAGAGAAAGCUCGCUGGACCGUUUCUACAGGUGAUUCAGAUUAUUUUCCCCCUCCAUAUCUCCUCCCCCCCCCAAUCCCCAAGUUCACUUGGAGCAUCCUGCUGCACGAAUUUUGCUGUCUUGUCUUUUUGCCAAUGCUGUUGAAGUAGUCACAUUCUUAAAACAAAUUGGAAGUUGGGAACUUGAGGCAAGACGUUUUCCUUAGCUGAGUGGAAAAGAUGGAUUUGCUGUGGCUUCUUCCCAUCUUACUCCUUGCUCACUUGGGGUAUGUGAUUGAUGCCAACCAAGGACCAAUGGAGCCUGGUAAAGGGAAAGCAAUGAAGGAGAAGCCAUCUGUUUAUAAUCAUGGCAAGAAGGCAAGUGUUGCUUUCUCUCCUUGGAGCAGAUCGAGGGAAGAAAACCUAGUCUUGGCCCAGAGAUUAUCCCAGGAGAUCCCUCAAAAUGUGGCUUCAUUCCUGUAUACUGGUGAUUCUUGGGAACUGAAGCAGGCCAACUGCUCUGGGCGCUAUGAGCUGACUAGCUUGGCUGGAAAGUCUCGCUUGGCCUCACACCCCUCACUGCACGGAGCUCUGGAUACUCUCCUCCAUGCAAUCAACUUUCUCAACAUGAUACUGCAGAGCAAUAAAUCCCGUGAACAGAACUUGCAGGAAGACAUUGAAUGGUACCAAGUUUUGAUCCGAAGCCUGAUGGAAGGAGAUCCCAACAUCUCCAGGGCUGCCAUCACCUUCAGCCUAGAGCCCAUGUCCUCUGUCCCUCAGAUCUUUCUCCAAGCCAGUCGGCAGAAUAGCCAGAUCCUGCUGCAGGACUUAUCUUCAGUGGCUCAUCAGUUGGCCAAUGUGUCUAGUGAAACUGAGUGGUUCCAUAGUCUGAAACGCAAGUGGAGGCCACAUCAACAUCGAAAGGUCUCAAAUCCUGGCUCUAAGGCCCAGGAAGGCAACUUGAAAAAAAGAAAUGGUCAUCACCCUGCAGAGAAAAGUCAUAUCAAGUUGUCCUCCCCAUACCUGGAGUGUGAAGAUGGAAAUUACAAGCCUACCUGGCUAGUCACAUUGUCUGCUGCUUUUUAUGGGUUGCAGCCAAAUCUCCCUCCUGAAUUCAGGGGUGUUGUGAAAGUCGACAUAAAUCUACAGAAAGUGGAUAUUGAUCAAUGUUCAAAUGAAGGGUGGUUUUCAGGAACUCACACAUGCAAUUUAAAUAAUACUGAGUGUAUACCAAUUAAAGGCCUGGGAUUUGUGCUUGGAGCCUACUCAUGCAUUUGUAAGACUGGAUUCUAUAAUCCCAAAAUAUUUUCAAUGAACAUCUUUCACAGGAAGAAUGCUGAGAGCCAUUUUACUAGGAGUGAGAUGGCUGAGGAUUUGUACACCUGCUUGCCCUGCAGGGAAGGAUGUUCUGACUGUACAGAUGAUACUCCCUGCUAUGCACAGGAGGACCACUAUUUACGACUUGCUAUCAUUUCCUUCCAAACUCUCUGUAUGCUAUUGGACUUCAUAAGCAUGCUGGUGGUCUACCGUUUUCGCAAGGCAAAGAGCAUCAGGGCAUCUGGACUUAUUCUACUAGAGUCUAUCCUAUUUGGAUCACUGCUUCUUUAUUUUCCGGUUGUCAUUUUGUAUUUUGAGCCAAGUGUUUUUCGGUGUAUUCUCCUAAGGUGGGUUCGUCUUCUGGGAUUUGCUACAGUUUAUGGAACAGUCACACUGAAGCUGCACAGAGCUCUGAAGGUGUUCUUUUCUCGAACAGCUCAGCGCAUUCCAUAUAUGACAGGUGGGCGAGUGAUGAAGAUGCUGGCUGUGAUGUUUUUGGUUGUGGUGUGGUUUCUGACAGGCUGGACUUCAGCAGUCUGUGAAAACCUGCAACGAAAUAUUUCACUCAUCGGCCGAGGGCAAACAUCAGAUCAUCUGAUCUUCAAUAUGUGCCUGAUAGACCGGUGGGAUUACAUGAUGGCUAUUGCUGAAUUUUUAUUUCUCUUAUGGAGCGUUUAUCUCUGCUAUGCAGUGCGGACAGUACCCUCGGCGUUUCACGAGCCACGUUAUAUGGCUGUUGCAGUUCACAUUGAGCUCAUUAUCUCUGCUAUAUUCCAUAUAAUUAGGUUCAGUCUUGCUUCAAGACUCCAGUCUGAUUGGAUGCUGAUGCUAUUCUUUGCACACACACAUUUGACUGUGACAGUCACUGUUGGGUUACUUCUGAUUCCAAAGUUUUCCCAUUCAAGCAACAAUCCGCGAGAUGAUAUGGCUACUGAAGUCUAUGAAGAUGAGCUCGACAUGGGUAGAUCUGGAUCUUAUCUGAAUAGCAGUAUCAAUUCAGCAUGGAGUGAACAUAGUUUGGAUCCAGAAGACAUUAGGGAUGAAUUGAAGAAAUUGUAUGCCCAGUUGGAGAUCUAUAAAAGGAAAAAAAUGAUCACCAAUAAUCCACAUCUCCAGAAAAAGAGAUGCUCAAAAAAAGGUUUGGGUCGCUCAAUCAUGAGACGAAUUACUGAAAUUCCUGAGACUGUCACUAGGCAAUGUUCACGGGAGGAAAAAGAUUUUCUGGAACACGGGAGUUCCAAAAACAUUGCCAUGGCAAGGAAAAAUCCACCAGAUUGUAGUGGACCCAUCAAACCAAAAGAGGAAUCUUUGAGAAACAGAGUUUUCUCCUUAAAAAAGUCCCACAGCACCUAUGACCAUGUCCGAGACCCAACUGAAGAUUCAAAAAGCUUAACCACAGAAAGUGGGGAGGUUAUUUCAACUGCAGAGACAUCAUUAUUGGAUUCUCUUUCUGAAAACAAAGCAACUCAAAAACCUGUAGAAAAAACUGAAGCUGGGUCUAUCGAAAAUGUCCCCUUGGUGUGUAAAUCUAUGAGUGCUCACAACUUAAGUGCAGAUAAGAAACCUCUCCAUCCAAAAACAUCCGUGUUACAGAAAUCACUUAGUGUUAUUGCCAGUGCCAAAGAGAAAACUGUGGGGUUAGGAGGGAAAACACAAAAUGAAGAAAGUGUCAAGCCUCAAAAGUCUCAACCAAAGAGCAAAGAGAUCAGCAAAAAGCACUCCAGCUCUGAAAAGACUGACCAUAAAGAUUCCUAUCGAAGAAAUUCAACCAAAGCUGAAGAGUCAAAGAAGCCUCAUAAAUCUGGGAUAAUGAAACAACAAAAGUCCAUUCUUGAUGCAGGAGCUGGUAAAUGCCUGCUGAAGACAAGUGUUGACAUAGAAGAAAUUUGUCCUUGGGAAAUGUAUGACCAGACUCCAGAGAUAGGACUUUCUGAUUCUAAAAUUCAAAAGCAUGUCUCUAUUGCUUCUUCUGACUCAGAGACCUUCCACCCUUCUCCAACAAAGGACCAGUCUCAACUUAAAACUACUGAAGUGUACCAGAUACCGCUUCAAAAGAGAACCGAGAAAGGUGACGUGAGUCCUUGGGAGAUUCAAGAAGAACAUGAGGUGGAAGAAGAAAAAAAUUGGAGUCCCAAAGCUCUGCAAGAAAUUUCUGGGACUAAAAGUGAAAAUAUUAGUAGCAAACAUUAUACAGAGACUAUUUGUGCUGAAGAUUCCAAGGACAUGACCACCAAAGCAAUCAUUCAAACCACAGAGAAAGAUUUUACCAAUAAACUAGGAAUUCAGACAAAACAUGCAUCUUCCUCUCCACCAGGGAAUGCAUUUCCUUCUAAUCCUGCUAGAUCGGCAACUAAUAAUUCACAGAAACCUUUAAUGUCUCGUGUGGAAAUCUGCCCUUGGGAAUUCGAGGGGCCAGAAUUAUCAAAAGCAGAAAGAAACACAACUUUAUCAAACACAACCAACUUAAGCUCAAAUAAAGCAGAGGUGCAUCAGAAAUAAGAAGACAGACUGUGAAAAAGAGAUGCCACAGAAGAAAGGGAGGGGAGAGGAGGAGUGGGGGGGCUAAAGUUAGUACAACCUGCAAAUUCUUAAAGAAGCCUCAUUUCACCAGAGAUGCACAUAGGAACUAAGCAAAAAUCGAUUUGUCUUUUCUUUGUUCUUGAGUGCCAACAACGUUAUCAGUGCAAUUCAGGACAUGAAGUCCCUUCGUGCCCCUAACAAGUUUACAUUUCAGAUGAGGGAAAAAAAUAUGCCUUUAGUAAUUUUUUCUUUCUUUCUUUCUUUUGUAAAAUAUGUGGGGUUGGCAAGAAGACUAUCUUAACAUUCGUUACACUAGUCCUUAAGACUACGAUUGGUUUAACACGGGCAGAAAUUCACUCUAUACUAAAAACCCUCACAAAAGGCGUAGAAUCAGAUAAAUCUUGAAACUAGCCUUCCCAAACCUGGAACUCUCCAGAUGUGCUGGACUUCAAUUCCAUAAUGCCCCUCCAAGGAAGGUAAGAGAUGGUGCUGACUAGGAAAUUAAAGGGUUGAAAUGUGCCCUGUGAUGAUAGGGCAGCCUCUUUUGAAUGCCUCAUAGCCUUGAUUGGAAGAGGCUAUCUCCCACCUGGGUUAAAGAAACAUUGUCAAUCCAGUUAGCUGUUAGGCAUGAAAAUAGGGAGCAGUGCCCUACUCUUUGAGACAGCAAUGUAUUCAGCCUGAGUUCAAGACAUCUGGAGAGCACCAGCUAGAGAAAAAUCUAACUUUUUAACAUCUGGAGAUAGCUUGCGUACCCAUUCCAGAAAUUAUAUUUUUUCCUCUCUUUAACCUCAAUGGCACAGCUAACUUAAUGCAUUCCCUUAAUUAGAUUUUUAUAUAACGGCUCUGUUUUUCUUAUGAACGUAUGUAUGUGGUUGUGUCUCAUAUUAAAGCAUUCCAGUUUGUAUAAUGUUUGCAAAUAACUUUGAUAUGGUUAUAUGACACAACACAUUUAUGCAACCUGCAGAUAUCUAAAGUUGCAGUCUUCAAAAAAUAAAACACCCUGUGCUAGGUCUUUGUUUAUUUCAAACCCCUCACCUCCCACCUGUAAGGUCUUAGCAGCUUAUAAGAAAACACUUUUUGUCAUGAUUUAUAUUGGGGUUUGCUAUUUUAAUUGUUAUUUUUAGUUAUGACUUUAUGUAGUAAUUCAGGGGUUUUUAUAUGAGAUAUAUUUCUUGUCCAUAAAUGAUAUAUACUAGCAGAAGCUAUAUUUCAGAUUAAUCACAAUCCUAAUUAAUUUAUUACUGCUAGAUGCUUAGAAAUGAGGGCACUAUUCUAAAAUAAAUCUGGGGAUAAUGUUUCUGUUGUUACUUUAGAAAAUUGGGAAAAGUUAUUUAACAUUCCAAGAGUUCGACUUUAAUCCUAAUGAUUUUGCUUGGUGUCUUACACUAUGUUGAUUUGAAAUCAUAGAGGAAAUGCUGGGAGGUAGGAAAAAAUAUAUUCUGAUUAGUGUGAAUAGUUUUUCCCCCCCUCUUCAUUGCUGUCCAAAUUCAUUUUAGAAAGAGAGACUAAAUGAUUAUGAUUAAAUGUGUAUUGUACUGUUAAACUAAAGUGAGGAAGUAGGGGGGGAAACACUAACCGACAUGCACUAUUACUACAUCACUUGUCAUGCACUUGUACAGGUGUGUCUUAUGCAUGUUUACUUUGAAAUAAACCCUACUGAAUUCAGUAUGGUUUACUUCCGAGUAUAUUAGCAGAUGAUGCAGUGUUCUCUUAAUCUGCAUCGUUUAAGUAAUUCUUUAUUUUUAGUCACUUUAUAGCACUUUUAAUAUUCAGGUAUACUUAAAGUGAAGAGUCUACCUUAUUGGCACACCCCACUUUAAUCUAAGAUUGCCAGGUCCCACCCUGGAGAUUGUAAGUUUUGCUUGUUUAAAGCCCCCAGCCUCUUCUUACUCUCCUGUUGUAAGGAGGAGCCCAGUUUUGCCUUAUGGUAUGUGGUGUAGUUUAAGGACAAAAUUCUGCUGCUGAAUUUCUUUCUUGACUAAAAAUGUUGCACUCAACCGUGUAUCAAGCUGAGGGAGCAUUGCCAGGUUUGAUUCGUUUAGAAUGAGAGCAUUGAAAAGUUAAAGAAUGUCUUUAAAUGGGGAUGGGAAAGGAAUUCCUGCAAGGUGGAAGAUUUUCCAGAGUAAUAUAGGCAACCCAUCAAGACUGCAUUGCAGACUUCCACUAAUUCUAGCCAAAAAUGUAGAGCUGUUGUGUUUUCAAAAACCUGUUUUACACAUUUGGCAUUUUAUUUAUCCCUUUCUGUUUAACUGGGGAGACCUCAUCUUCAUCAAACUCUGAUGAAUAUCUUAUUGAAAUCCACCAAGGAAUUCCUAGCCUAUCAGAGAACAAAGUUUCAGCUCCUGUUGACUAAAUAACUCAUGACUUUUCUGGUUUGCUCCCUCACAAAAAUAGUUAUCAAGGGAGAGUUGUAAUAUUAUUAUUUUUUUUAGAAAUGUUAUCUUUUUGCUUCUUCUUCUUUUUUUUUGUAAUGGAAUGCAUGAUAUGGCAUCAUUACUCUGCGUAAUGCUCAGGUCCCAUGAGAUAACAUUAUGUGAUGUGAGACAAGAAUCAAGUUGAAUCAGUUAAUGGUGCAGGGAUGUUGCAUCACUUACUGUUUGCACAAAGCAUUAAAGAAUAGAGGGGGAAAGAAGCACGGAUGAGAGGAGCUUUCAGCCUCUUACCGGCUUCAAUAAAAUUCGGUUCUACCAUUAGGCAGAAUGGGGCAGAUGAACUGAGUGGCAGAUCCUUGGAGUGAGCCACAUUAUCUGCCUUGCUUUCUUUCAACUGAUUUCUUGCCUUCAGGUGUGAAGAUGCUGUCCCAUCACCAGAGCUGAAGGUGGAGUCAGCUGCCAGUUAUUCAGUGUUGCUACAUGGAAUGAGAAGAGUUCAUAUUAUCCUUCAUUCAAGUAUCAGUGACUGGUUUGCCUAUGACUCAAGUCUUGAUUUGGAUCUCUUAAAGUAACAGUCAUGAUGAUUCCCCCAUUCACAUCAUAUGAAAUAAUAAUCAAAUCUAUGCAGUGAAUAACACUAGCUUUUAAGCUGCAUCUCCUUAAUCCUUGCUUUGAUAGGGAGAUGAUCUGAAAGCAUAUGAUGCAGUGCCACUGCUGAAGCUAAGCAGGUCAACUCUUGGACACUUCAUGGAUGGGAGAUAGCCAGAAAUAAUUGGUACAUCCCCCCCCCCCCACACACACAACUUGGCUCUGCCAUAAAAAUGUGCAUACUGUGCUCAAUAUGUAUUAUUUUAUUUAUGUUGAUGAGAAGGUAAAGCUGGAGAUGAUCAUGUAAACAGAUCUGUUACUAAUUUCUAGCUAAUUAACAUUUUGAAUUGAAUUGAAUGUUAUCUCAAGAAUAAAUUAUGCAUCAGCCAGGCAAAGAUAAGCUACAGUGCAAGAUUGUGUAAAGAAUAGUCCAUACUUAUACAAUUACUGAUUACACAUAACAGAAUAUUUAUUUAUUUAUAUAUUUAUACAGAAAUUCAUAUUCUGUUUUGGACAACGAAAGGACUAAAAGCCAUAUCAUAUGAUACUCUGGUUAUAAAUGCAACCCUAAUUAUAGAAUCAAAUAUAGAUAAGAUGCUUGAUACUCCCAAUGAUUUUAGCAUCUGUUGCAUAACUGGAUUAUUCCAUAUGUGCUCAUCUGAAUUGAAGAGGGAUAAACAUCUGUGACAUAAUACUCUGGGUAUUAUUGGUCAAUAAAAUUACAUAAUUCCUAACCUAUACCCAUGUUGGAUAAGAGUUGGAAUUCAACAAUUGGAGCAAGAAAUAAACCUAGCCUUGCCUAAGAACAAGCUAGUGGCAAAUAUGAUUAAAACAACAACAACAUUCAUUUCAAAGGGAGUUAAUUUAAAAAAGAAAAUCAUUUUGGUCUGUGAAGCUCCAACUGCAAUUGAAGCUCCAACAUCAGAAAAAGAUUGGAAUUUCUGAACUGUAUAGUCAAUUAUAUUAUUCAUUGCUAUAAAUGGUUGCCCAUAAUAUCCAUGUGAGCCCAUUCCCUCCUCCCAUUCAAGUGAUUUUAGAGUGGUAUGGGGAGCGGUAUGCUGAUUAGGGCUAUGUGAGAGAAAUGCACUUUAAUUAUUUUUCCAUAAAGUUCUGAUAGAACUUUUAAAAAUUCCAGGGAAUCAAUUCAGGGAAAUAUAGUGUACAAUUUGGCUAAAACUUCAUAAAACCUCAGAAGUCUGCUUUUUUCUUGUAAACCCUCACCCCUUAGCAUGAAUACAGUACACUCACUCGUUAUAAUAAAUAAUUUGCAAAACUUAUUAUAUAGGAAAAACUAUAUAAUAGGAAUAUUUUAUAGGAAAAACUUUUUGUUUUGGACAAAAAGUUUUUCCUAUGGGCUAUGAAAUACAGUACCAGUCUCAGAGAGUAACAGGACAACAAGGAAUUGUCAUGAUUAAGAAUGAGCAGAAGGAAAAGAGAAAAGUGCAUUUUAGUCUGUAUCUGCUUCCCACUAUCAAACACCUUCCAGCUAUGUUGGGUCACAAUCCAAUAUGGAUAUCCAAUAUCCAUAUUGGAUUACAGAUUGUAUUCCAAGAUACCUGGAAGGAAUCUAUUUUCUUGAGGCCGAUUGCUCUGUGUAAGACUGGUGAAGAGCUCAGAAUCACAGCCACACCUACUCCAAGACCAGAGGACAAAUUAGCAAGAAGAAAUGUACAGAAAUAUGUCAGGUGGGGAGAUUUUCACAAUAACAGUGCAAUUCAACUUGCCUUCAGGAGUGUAUAUUUUGCAUUUCAAAACUCUAGCUGAAGCCUUUUUUUAAAAAAAAAAACACAAAUGAAAUAGUAUUUUUCUUAAUUUACAAAAAUAUAUGUUAUAAAAUAGAACAUGUUGACAUUUUGAAAAGUAAAUGAUAACAUAAAGAUAAAAUAUAUCAUAUAGGGAAAAUAUAAGUUCAAGAAUCCAAAUGAAAUCUUCUGAAGAUAAGGAGUUUAAUAGGUAGGAGGAAAUAAUUUUUCUUUAAUUGUAACAGAAAUUCAGCUUUCUCAGUAGAGGAGCAAAUUACUUAAGGAAACUAAAUAAUAUGACUAUUACCUAUCUUUUUCAGAGUUAUAAUGAAAAGCAUAGUUUCUAUCAAGGAUGUCUGCAGAGAAACAAAUGUGUAUCAUGAUAUUAUUUGCAUUGUUGUAGCUUGUAGCACACAUCUAUGGAUACUACCAGGAUGAAGGGACUAGCUUAAUAUUGUGCCUAUGUGAAAAGCUAAUUGAAUGUUAAGGACCUCUUAAUACAUUACUGUUUGCUAACAUGAAUGUUAUAGUUUACAUUUGAUUCUCAGUGUGUUUUAGCACUGAGACAGACUAGCAAUUAUGAAGAUUGAGACAUAUACCAAACAAUCAUGAGAACAUUAUCUAGAUUUUGAAAUUCUGUUGAUUCUCUGUUUUUUUAUCCUAUGCCCCAUUUCUCUAUUCCAGUUAUAAUAUCUAAAAUUACAACCAGAUUUUAAGCAAGAUCACUUUCCUCAUAUAUUUUUCCUUCCUUAAUAUUUUUAGUUUGCACCAAUGUACCUGGUAUAAACACGAUUACCUACGAUUGUGUAGAUUCUGUGCAGCUACACUGCACUAAAGUAAACAACAUGGUUACAGUUUAAUUGCAUUAAGAUGCUUUGAUAUGUAAUAUGCUGCUAAUAUUAUGUAUUCUUUGUUACAGAUAAAAAGUGUAUAAAUUGAACCUACAUAUGAAUGCACAACCAUAUCUUGUUUGCUUUCUGAUAGUUUUAUUGAUUCUUAAAUCCAGGGAAUAACUUCAAGAUCACUUGAUUUUAAAGUGGCUUAUAAAUGCAUUUAUGUGCAUUGAUUGUGUUGAGGAUAUCAAGGAAUCAAUUAUUGUUGAAGCAAAUAAUAUAUGUAUACUUCUCUCUAUCGGAUUCCAAAUUAAUAGUGUUAGAAAUAAUAGAGUUCGUAAUUAAUAAACCCUAUUUUGAAAUGACAAAUAAAUUAAGAAUUCUAGAAUUUAAAUACAAUUUUAAACUAUUCUUUAUUACUUCUGUCCAUUUUCUUAUGAUUUAGAGACUGGCCCAAACCAUAGUCCAAUUUUUGAAACCCAGUCUGUAACACUUUUAUUCAACUCUUGAUUCAGAAUAAUUUAAUGGGAGGGAUAGUUUUACAAGGAUUGUCAUUGUCAAAGACUACUGAUAUUGACAUAGGUCCUACAGGUGCCACUGAAGAUAACAAAUGACUCUGUAAUGGCAAAUAGACUUUAAAUACCUGUAUGUCUUAGUUAAUGUCUUGAUUUGUGACCUUUCAAGGAAAUACUAAUAUUAGUAUUUAAUCUCAUGAAAUUAAAUAUCACUUGAAAGUCAUGACAGGUUGUUGCUUCUAUCUCUUCCAGUUCGAUCUACUUACAUAAAAGUUAGGCUGAAAGUGACAGUGCAGAGGAACUCAAGGGCAGAUUUUGAUAAUGCCUACUUUUCUUCUGGCACUUAAAUAAGUUUAUGCCACUUUAAUCAAACCAUCUAUUAGCAUGGGAUUGGUUUACUCAAGCUGACUGCAGAAAUCUCUGAAAAAUGAAAUGCUGUGUCACGUGAUCGCUGUGAUACAGCUAAGAGUACUUAAAUUUAUAAGUACAUUAGAAAGCAAAAGAAAACCAAACGUACAGACUUAAUAAUAUCGUGCAUUGUUACAAGCCUAUUAGAAGCAUUGAUAUCUUCUGGCAAACCUAAAUUAUCCUACUCAGUAACCCAUUAUCACAGAUUCUUCUCCACCAGCAUCUCUUAGUUAGUGGCUUAGUUGUCUCCCUACCCACCAACCUUUCUGGAGUUCCACAGAUUUUCUGCCAAGGCAGAGGCAACUCUGGAGACAAGGUGUUUUUCAGCUGAUUUGUAUAGACCACAUAUAAUCAUUUGCUAAGUUGCCUUUCUGAAAAUGCAUGAGCAGACUGCAUUUCUUGUUUUGAAGACAUGGUUUCUAGAAGCAUAGAUUUAUAUCAAUCUUAUUAGACCUGUAUAUUUUAUGCAAGAGGUACAUGAUUUAAAGUAGAAAAGUAAGUUUCCCAUUGUCUGCUUUGGUGUCAUUAUGAAUCUAAAAAACAAACAUUGGUUUUAUAUUUGCUGUUCUCCUUCGCAUGCACAACGAUGACAGAUAGGCCUGAGAAAACACUGCCUUUUGACUUUGACUAUUGUAGCUACUAAGAGUUGUAGAAUAAGUAAAGCUGUAUGUCUGUUCACUUUAGUCUGUGGUAUUUCUGGAAAAAAAUGUAAUCUAGCAAUCAACAGCAUCCACUAUGAACUAUUUGAUAGAUUUAUGUAGUAAUGUAUCCCAGCAUGUAAAUAUAAUGUCUCUGCAAUAAAACACAUUUAUAUGAAAAGAAA